AUGGCCCUUCACCCUGUUGCGUCGCUUUAUCGACGCUCCCUAAAGCUUGCUCUUGACUGGGCUGUGCACAGGCAGAUUUGGCGCGGGCAAGCAGUAUAUAUACGAUCCCUUUUCGAUGCGAAUAAGAAUGUCCGCGAUCCUCGUCAACAGAAGGUGCUGCUGCGGGAGACAGAAAAACUAUUAGAAACUUGGAAGCAUCCAGACCCGUACCGAGCACCCACUGCUCCGGGUGGUAACAAAUAUGAAAGGAAUCUACCUGCUCGCCAAUUGCCGUAUGCUUCGGGCAGCCACUAA